AUGCAUGCAUUAUAUGCGAUCAGUUUUAUCAUCUAUUCGAUUACCGAUCUAUGCGAUUGGCUCUUCGUUUAUUUCACCCUUCGCGGUUAUGUCACAUCAUUUCCACUGAAGACUUGGCUUGCUGUAGGACUUGUUUCCACAACAGUUUUUGGCUCUAUGCUAACAUCACUUCUAUUGGUGUUAUGUGUUGAAAAUGCCUUUGCUCAUCGUCUUGACAUAGCACCAUAUCGAAGUGGCUUUGCUAUCAUUUAUGAAGCAUUUGUACAAUGGGUCCAGGCUUUUAACAAUUUUCGAAUAGCAUUUCUGUUUAUGAUUCUUCAUGACAUGCCUAUAACAAUUAUGAAUUUUGUUUUUAUCACUUCUUGUCGAUGUGUUGGACCUCAGAUUCUUCAGUGGCCCCUGAUAAUAUCAUCAUCGACGACAACCAUAAGUGUUCUGUGGCGUUUGGUAAUGUUGUAUUUUGCAUAUCGCCGAAUGAUAUUCCCACUGAAGCCUGUAUCACGUGCUAAUACAAUUACGCGACAACCAACAAUCUAUGAGCAAUUCAAACUCAAUUUGAGUCAAAAGAAUGGAGGACGAUUGAAUGAUUACGAUGAAUUAUGGCCAGUCAGAUAUAGCGUUCGUAAGAUUUAUGGCUAUGAAAAGCAAACUAUACCUGUAAAAACUGAUAAACCAUAUCAGAAUGCUUUAUUCAAGCUUCGAUUCUUAUUGAUACCUGUUUUGAAGGUUAUUUUAACAUUCUUGUUAACUCUUAUUAUAUAUAUCUUAUCACUAUUGACGUGUUGUGCGCCAUGUUGUUAUCAUUAUAUCUGCAGUUCAAGAAGCUUUUAUCAUCGUCACAAAUGCUCAAGUUCUUUUGUCAGGAUUUUUUCACAAGGAUUUCACUGGACGUUGUUUAUAACAUCGUUACUUUUAACAGUAAUACUAUUUGUUCUAAAUGUUAUCUUAUUAUCGUCUGUGCAUGGACUUGGUAACAAUCAGAUAACAUUCGAAAUAAGCCAUGUUUGCGUAGCAAUUUCAUCAUCUCAAAAAACAAUCCAAACAAGUAUUGAAACAAAUCAUAAAGAGCAUUUGAGUACAUCAGAACUGAGAUACACAUGUAAGCCCAUUUGGGAAGAUGGCGCUUUUAGAAUUGGGCUUAAUCGACAAGAAGCUGGAAUUUGGCAAACACGAAUAACAUUAACCGGAAAGCAAAUUCUGGCUAUUUCAACAAAAGUUAGAAUGGACUAUGAAAGUGAUCUUCAGAAUCCUAGUCAUACACUAUAUUAUGAUUAUGUGUUGUUGCAACACAAAGAUGCAUCACCACAAAGUUAUGCUUGCAUACCUGGGAAUAAGACAGACUGGAGGUUCCUAAAUGAAAUUAAUGAAUUAGUAUGGCCAUAUUAUGCGGCAUGUGAUCGUACAUGGACUAUCAAAUGGGAUACUUUAAUUGAUUGCAAUUUGUACAAUCGUAAGAAUUAUUUGAAGAAUAAAAGAUCUUACCUUGAUUAUGUAUUCCUUUAA